AUGGACUUGCCAAAAUUAGAUAGCGGUGUUAGGAAUGGAAAAAAGAAGAGUAAAUGGAUUUUUUUCUUGAGACAGCUCUUUUACUCCAGUUCGGUGGUGUCGAAUUUCUUUAUGUUUGGCUUGUACUUGGGUGCGCCCACAGUAAUAAUACCUCAAAUAAGAAGAGAAGCAAAUUCCACUGCUGCAGUAACACCAGAAAUGGCGUCUUGGAUAUCUUCCAUCUCCGCGUACAGUGCUAUUCCAUGGGCAUUCAUCUUGCCCCUACUAGCAUUUCGCUUUGGAAGAAAAAAUGUACUGUUUUUUAUCAGUGUUAACGUGUUAGUGGGAAACAUAAUUUUCUAUUGUAGUAAAAGUGUACUCGAACUUGUUAUCAGUCAAGUCAUGCAAGGAGCACUAGCUGCUUCAAUUACGACUAUCACCAUAAUGGUUAUGUCGGAAUACACUUCACCUGAAUAUAGAGGAGUUUUGCUGGCUGUCAAAUCUGCUACAUUCUAUUGGGGAGUUUGGACAUCGAAUGCUAUUGGGACGUUUUAUCACUGGAAAAACAUUGGUAUUGUAGUUUUUGUAUGCGGUAUUUACAAUUUGUCAUCUAUAUGUUACCGAGAAUCACCUUACUGGCUGGCGACGAGAGGACGUUUCGAUGAAUGUGCCAAAGCUCACAGAUGGCUCAAAGGUACAGACUUAGACUCAGAAGAUGAACUCAGAAAACUAAUAUUAUCUCAAAAAGAGCAUUUGGAUAACAAAGCCAAACUCAACAAGGCAGAUAAAUUAAGGAAGCAUAUUAAAAUAUUUAAUAUAAUACAAUGUAAAAGUUUCUAUAAGCCCUUUGUAUACUCAAUAUUGCCCAUAUGUCUAUUUCAUUUCUCAGGCAAGAUAGCUUACACUGUGUACGCAAUAGACAUCAUUAAGAAAAUAACAUCGAGCGAGGAUACUGCUUAUGAGGGUAUGCUUAUAAUGGAUGCAGUCACUGUGUUAGGAAUGUACCUAGGCUGUGGUUUAGCGAAAUUUACGAGACGUCGCACACAAUUACUGGCAUUUUCGUGUAUAGGUAUAGGAUUCUUGUAUAUUUUGUCAAGUUAUUUAUACCUGAUUAAGUUAAAUGUGUUAACAGAGAACAAGUACAUCUCUUUGUUCUUGUUAAUGGCAUUUUCGAUAAGCAUUAGUGGUGGACCAAUAAUCCUUUCGGCGUGUUGCUCAGCGGAGUUGUCACCUUUGAGGUACAGGAGUUAUUUUUUGUGCUGUCUCUCAUCUUUCAACAGUAUAUUAUUGUCGAGCACGGUUAAAUUCUCGCCGUUCAUUUUUAAAACAUUUGGUCUCCAUGGCGCAUUUCUGUUUUAUGCUAUUUCUGCCUCAGUUUUUAUAAUCCUCGUAUACAAAUACAUGCCGGAAACUAAAGAUCAGACCAUUCAGGAAAUACAGGAACGCAUAACACGUGGUGAUCCCAAAGAUAAAGGACGUGUGACCGAAACUGAAACCGUUCCACUGAAUACAGAAUCUACACAAUAAUGG